UGAUCUCCAAUUUGCAGGGUGCUCUUCAUGAAUAAGCUAAAAUGACUGUGAAAUUGCUCUCAGUUUGGUCCUUGCCAUUUGUCCUCUUGACUUUCUGCCUUGCCAGAGGGAGUGGACAGGAAAGAAUGGCAAUUUCUCAAGCUUCCAAUUUAUCCUGUGUGGACCCAGAUCAUUUGUAUGAUCAUACCAUUUGGAUCCAACAAGAGUCCGUUAAUCAUUUGUUCUGCCCUUUGGAUAAUCAGAGCCUCCAGCUACUUCAGUCUGCCUCUGACUUCAGUGUCCAGUGGAGCAAAGAUUGCCACCCGCUUAACCUCUCCUCCUCAGGCCACCUGCAUAGCACCCUGCAGAACACAAGUGCAUUCCUCACCUUUGAGCACCCAAGGGCGAAUGAUGCAGGCAACUACACCUGUACCCUCUACUUGAAUAAUCAAAGAAAUAUCUCCUUUACUAUUCAGCUGGACAUGGCAGAUCUUUGCAGUAUGCUUCCCCACUUCCUUUAUCCCUCUAGCAAUCUGACUUUGGAGCAAGCUUUGGAAAGUCAAAUAACACUGAACUGCACAGUGCAGCUGCCUUUCAGUAACGACUGUGAUCUUGACCUGCACUGGAUGAAAGAUAAUCAGUUGUUAGACAAUAAAACUCAUGCUUCUUAUACUCAGUGGUUCAAUGACAAUGAAACCAAAAUAUUUAUCUCCAGUGCUUUAGCGCUAAACAUGACUUCUGAUGAAAAUUAUGGAGUUUUUGCCUGCUUGAUUAGAAAUACUACAGCAUUUUUUACACUGAAAAAAACAGAAGAGACUGCUGGGCAUUUGGGUGCAGUGCUAGCUGCGCUUUUUGCUGUGGCACUCCUGCUGUUCGUAGCUGUAAUGUAUGUGAAGUGCCGACUGAACGUCCUGCUCUGGUACAGGAAUCAUUAUGGAGAAGUAGAAAUCAAUGAUGGAAAAAUUUAUGAUGCCUAUGUGUCUUACACUGAUUCAGUGGAUGAUAGAAAAUUUGUGAAUUUUAUAGUGAAGCCACAGCUAGAGAAUCGCUAUGGUUACAAGCUCUUUUUAGAUGAUAAGGAUAUUCUGCCCAACUCAGAACCUUCUGCAGAUCUGAUUAUGAAUGUUAGCCGAUGUCGACGCCUUCUUGUGGUUCUUUCUUAUCCAUACCUGGAACAGGAAUGGUGCAAUAAUAAUUUCAGGGAAGGACUUUGGAGACUGCUGGAACUGUCCCGGAAGCCAAUCUUCAUUGUCUUUGAGAGCCAAUAUCGAGAAAUAGCACAUCCAGCCAUUAAUUUGCUAAAGCAGCACAAGAGCAACGUGACCUUGUUGAUGUGGCAUGCUGGCUCCAUGGCAAUUUCGUCAGCUUUCUGGAAGGAGCUGUGCCUCUCCCUGCCACGGAAAGUAUCUUAUCAAGGUCUCAGGGGGGAUCCCCAAACCUGUCUCCAGGAAGACAAGGAUCCAAUGCUGAUUCUCCAUAGCAACUAUCCAGAAUUCCAGGGGGAUUCCCACUCUGAAGGAGACAUUGUCGUCCGGGGACCCGUUAUCAAAGGCCCACCACCAGUUCGUAUGAUUGGUCCUGAUGGUCCAUGUCUUGGGGCAAUGGAAGAAGUACAGCUUGAGGAAAACCAGAAGAGUGAGAUAGACAUUUCUGACCUGGGAUCUCGCAACUAUGAAGCAAGGACAGACUUUUACUGCCUAGUGACAGAAGAUGAUAUAUAAGGCCUGCUAAGAUAUUCCUGUGAAAAUGACAAUUUUUAUCAGCAUGGUGUUCCUUGACAGGGAUAAUAUGCUUGAUUAGUCUCUUUAAUCCAGAACGACCCAUGAAGUACUAUAGAAUUCUCACCUGGUCUUAAUGCUUUUCAACAUGUUUAUCACUAACUUAGAUGAAGGGUUGCAGUGGAAGAAAUGUUCAGGUGACACAAAACUCGGAGGAGUAGCUAAGACUUCAGGAGAUAAGAAUAAAACAGCAGAGGCUUGACAUCCUUCUGUUGGGCACUGCAUUAAACAGGGCAGUUGGAUAAGGUAGCCUCUGAGCCCCCUACAUGAUUCUAUAAGCAUUCACCACUGAGAUGGAUACAAGGUUUCUGGGGACAUCUGGUUAUCUUGUACACAAUAGUGCCAUACAAUUCCAGAUAAUGAUCUUGCAUCAGAUCACCAUGCUGGGACUUACCUAAGCAGCAGGACUGGCAAGCUUUUCAGUUACUGCUAACAUCUCCAGGUAGGUUUUGAUAUACAAGAAAGGAACAUUAAUGACUAAACAUUAUUAGUGUAAUUGAAAUUAUAAAGGGAAAUAUCAACACUAAGAUGAUCUGAGACUCCAUUCUUGCUAGAAAAAUGCAAAGAAUGGCAGGUUUCUAAAUGAAAAAGAGCUUUGAUUUUCUUUGGAAGAAAGUAUCAAGACACUUACUUGUACUUAUUUCCAUGUACAUUUGAAAAUGCUGCCGUAGUAUACGCUAUCACCAAUGGAUGCAGACCUGCAUAGAAUUUUAGGCCAAUAGAAUACUAUUGCUAUUUAUUAUUUAUAUAGUGCCAUCUAAGUAGAUGAUGGCAUUCUUUAUUGGGAAUUGGGAAACUAGAUUAGUUUCAUCGCAAAUUGGUUUCAUUGGUUUCAUUUCUCAAGCACUGUUAGUCUUUGGUAGCUAAAAAUCAGAAACUGUCUGGUACCACCUUUUCAGAUAAACACAUUGUAUUAAGGCAUACUGUAAGCUUUCAUAAGCUAAGGUCACAUCAUCAGAUGCAUGGAGUGACUCAAGUGAUGCAGGAUUUAAAUUGGGAUGAGGCAAGGGAGAAGAGAUGACUGUGGUUAUGCAGAUCCAGUUUACAUGUAAGAUAGAUUGCAAGUACCUUAUCAAAACCUAUUCGUUGAGAUCUUCUAAAAUAUUUCAAUCUGUUCAGAAAUCUCUUGUUCAAUUGCACUGGUAACGUUCCUUUUUUCCAAGGGGAAAAUUCAUACAUACUGUACAUACAUAUUAGAGUAUCCAAGCUGGUUUCAGUAAUAGGAAGUAACUUGAAAGAAAAAAAAGGAAAGAAAAAUAUCUUAGAUGCCUAUUGGUAGGGGAAAAAGAGAAGGGAUACAGGAACGGGGCUGGGAAGGAGACCAAAAUUUUUUUAAAAAGAAUUUGGAGAUGGAGGGCAAGUAUGAUAUCAAAACAUUUAAAACAAAUGUCCCAGGAAGUAUCAGGAAUUGUGGAGUCCUUGGUGCUAUCUGAGCCUUGUUGUUUUCUUGCAGACAUUUCAUUGCCAGACUAGGCAACAUCUUCAGGUUGCACUGAAGAUGUUGCCUAGUCUGGCAAUGAAACAUCUGCAAGAAAACAACACUUCAACCCUGAGCUACAAAUAGUCUCUUCGAUUGGUAGUAUCAGGAAUUCAAUUGGGAUACACUAUAGGAUUGUGAGCAGCUGCUCAAGUUCUCAAAAUUUGAAAGUCCAGAAAUUAGGACUAAUUCUUUUAAGCAGUAGAGUAAGCAUAGCAUAUUGAAAUUGCCCCUCAAGUUUUAUCCAAAUUAAACCCCAAGAAAAAGUUGAUUUAGAGAGCAGAAAGGUUAUCUUGCAAUGAUAUUAGAGUGAUGGUGCUUGACCAAGUGUUUCUUUGUUCUCUGAUCAUUGUAAUGACAAAAGUUCCUCUUCAAAAGGUUUCUUGUUAGAAAAAGAUUGUCCAAUAUUCUAAACCACUUUACUCUCUUCAGACAAGCUUCUGUGUAUCAAAGGACCAAGCACAACAGGAACAUUUCAACAAGCCAACCUUACACUGGGCUUAAAUACUGGUUUGUGCAAUUCAAAAGGCAGCUGUUUUUACUCUAAAGAUUGGACUGCAAAUAAAGUGUUGCCAUUUUA